GAAAUUUUCCAGCAUCUUUGUCCUCGACUCUGUCGCUGGGGCGAAGAUGAAGAUCCAGCACAAGUCAAGGAGAGCGGUGCCUCCGCAUCCGCAAGUCGCUGAACUCAUCAACAAGAUCCAUGAUACACCAGACGAAGAUCUUCCGGAGGUCCUUGGAGAAAUCGACAGCUGGAAGUGGCCGCGCUCCGACCUCAAUGCGUGGGUCAAAGUACUCAACAAGUUCGACGGUGUCCUAGAAGAAGUCAUCAAAGAUUAUGAGAUCGACAAGGUACAGAUCAACAUGUUUACUCCCAGGACGAAGAAGACAACUUCCGAGAUCUUGAGAUUUGAGAGAUUACUGCUGGAGAACUCGACGAACAGGAAGAUAUUCAGUUCAUAUGAUCGAUUGAACAGUCUUCUCUCGACCGCGGACCUCGACAUUUUGAUUCUGACUCUGAAUCUACUCCUCCGCCCCGCGCAGCAAUACUCUGCUCAGCCAUCUGUGGCGCAAGCACUGCACAUAUCCACUCCCCGCCUUCAAUCCCUGGCUAAGCGUUGGCCGAAUCUGAGAGAAUACGAUGUUGGUCUCGUAGACCUCGUUAGCCCGAAUGGUAAAGCGCGAGUGGAAGAACUGCCGUCGGAGGCCCGCGAGGUGAACUUCACUUUCUACAGGAAAGACCCUUCCGAGAAAGCGAAAGAGAAGGAGAAGGAUGUCUUCCCUGCCCUACAGACACCUCGGAAAGCUCACGUAGCUCCGACGAGCACUGCGAACUCAGGUGCCGUUCAUGUACAUCUCGACAACGAAACGCUGGAUGCCAAGCCUGCCAUGGAGAUCCUAGCUGAUGCAACAGAGACCUAUGCUAUGCCAGACGAUGACAAGUUCGAACUCCUGUGCCGAAUCCGAUCAGCCCAGGUGCUCGCUGCUGGCCAGGAGGCCGAUCGCGAGAAGCUAGUGAUCGCACGGUUGCUGGCUAUUGCCAUCUUCUGCCACACCCACUCUGAAUCCCAAGCUAGCGCGGCCCUCUUCCUGUAUGAGCUCGAUAUUAUUACCCACAUCGCCGAACUACUCCAACUGGAUAGAGGGGUUCCAGUGCCUGUGCAGAUGGCCGCUAUAUCAGCGCUGGAUUCUAUUGCGCGCUAUCGAAACAAGAUCCAAGAGGUACUCGCUGCUGUGAACGCGGGGGUCAAUCACGGGAUCCUGAUGGCUUUGCUGCGUAAGACGGUGAAUGAUGUUGCGAAUCCGGACUCGACACUUCCUCAUGCGUUUGUUGACGCACUGUUGUCAUUCGUCACUUUCAUUGCAUCUCAUGCGGCUGGUGGCAAUAUGGUUGUCGGGGCUGGUUUAAUUCCGCUGCUGAUCCAGAUUAUUGAGAAUAAGCUACCCCAGCGCCUCCCUGUCGUCUCGAAGACCAUGCAACUCGUCGACAACGUCCUGUAUGGGUUCAGCAACGCCUUCCAAUUAUUCUGUAAUAAUCGUGGUGUCGAGGUUCUCGUCGACAGGAUUGAACAUGAAAUAGAUUACGAUAUGGCAGAGUAUGGCCAUCGCGAAACGUCGCGAGAAAUCACGAAGUCUUACGGGCAAUUACCGGUGGCUCGGGGAGCUGUCUUGAAGCAUCUACUUCGCUCCCUGCACCGUAUGAUGCAGUCAUCAGGUACUGCCGAGGGUCUGCGGGGUCUCAUAGAUUCCUCUAUCCUGAAAUCUAUCAAGAAAGUUAUCGAGAAUCGGAUCCUGUUUGGUCCCAGUGUCUUGCCCAUUGCGAUCAACAUUAUGUCCACGUUCGUGCACAAUGAGCCGACUUCUCUGGCUGUCAUCCAGGAAGCUGGGCUGCCGGAAACUUUCUAUAAGACCAUAGAAGCUGGAAUAGAACCCGUGAUUGAGGUUAUUCAAGCUAUCCCUAAUGCUAUCGGAGCACUAUGCUUGAAUCAAGCUGGGCAAGAUCAGCUCUCCGCCAGACCGACGAUCAUCCCUGGUCUGUUCUCGGUCUUCACAUCUGAACGACAUUUGAAGGUCUUGCAGGACAAGGAAAAUUCCGUUCUCAUAGGCUCUGCAAUAGAUGAGCUCAUUCGUCAUCAUCCUUCAUUAAAGCCGCCUGUAUUUGAAGCUAUCAAGUCUACGUUAGGCAAAAUUGAGGACCUCGGCAAUGCUUAUGUCGUGCCCGAAGACUUGCGGCCUUGGUACGGACUGUCGUCUGUCUCGAUUGAUCUCUCGCCUAUGGAAGGCAUUGAAGCGGAAGGGGCCGUACAUUCCGCAGUGCAGUCGGAUGCGCAAUCCGCGCCGCUACCAGGCUCCACAAAUAACCCCGAAGAUGGAAGUCUUAAGUCACACGACAACAUUAUCGUGCAUUACAUCGACGUAGUGGGCAGGUUUCUGGAGGGUCUGUUUCAACAUACACCACACUGUCGCGAUUUUAUUACUCAAACUGAUGGCAUGGAACGGCUGCUUCGUCUCACCGCAUUGCCGUGUCUGCCUUAUGACUUCGCAAACAGUGUUUCAUCUGAUUCUUUAGUUCAGGUAAUACGCACGAUGGGGGAGACCGCUCCCAACGAAGCUCUAGUGUAUCUGGCCAAACAAGUGAAGGAAUCACUUGCGGAUACCAAGGGGUUCUGGGAGUCAUUGGAGGAGGACUCAAAGCUACUGCCAUUAGUGGAUAUAACCUCUGAGGAAGAGCCGGAGGCAAAUCGGCGGUUCCGAAACCUCGUCACUCUUCACACACGGAUCACUUUAUUGUCGGAAGUCUAUGCGACAGCGAGCUACGCCCAUAGUCGUGCCACGGCCGGCUUCUUGCAGAUUCUCAUGGGUAGAGGGGCUCCAGAGAUUGUGCCUGACCUGGGGGCACUACAUAGAGCUUGCGUAUGGGAGAACAUCAUUUUCAAGACCGGCCUUGCGUCGAAAGGCGUUGACAUUGCGUCGAGCCCCUCAGCUCCGCCCUCGGACACGGGUUCUCCAGGCCCGUCCGGGCCUGCCGAUCUCAUGGACGAUGGUGGAUUGCCGUCCACGGCAAACGGAGUGCAGCCUCAGGAUGGUGCUCGGGUCGAGUCUGAUGGUUCACCUGCUCGCCCUGCCAAGGAAGGGCUCCACAAAGACAGUCCCAGAAAUCACAAUGCUAAGGCCUUGCACCAUCUGGUAAAGCAGAUCCCAAGCUCAUUGUCCCCUCUUUUCCAAGCCGUCGUCAAGAUGUUCUACACAAGGCGAAAUCCUGACCCAGUGCAGAGAAAGCACAUUUCGGAUGCUGCGUCUAUCGUGGCAAACGUCAUGCUCAAGCAUCUCGGGCUUAAGCCGUCGGGGAACAAACUAGCCUCCUUCGCAUACUACACUGUGAUGCUUGGUCUCGUCACUAUUUUGCUAGUGGAUGACCGCACUGCCCAAAGCUCUCUCCAUACAUUACUGUUGGUAGCAUUUUACCGCGCUGGGGGUCUAGAAGCGAUCUUCCGAAUAUGCCGCGACUUUAUGGAUGCUAUCAAGGAGGCGGACGACGUAAAAGCUAGUCAAGGUAGCGACCCCGUCAAGCGAGAGACUCUGCCCGCGUACGGUGGCCUCAAAGUAGCGUUGCACCUGCUUCUCCCGCUAGUGUCCUCGAAGCCGUUAUUCGAUUCAGGCCAGACAGCCUUUGCAACGACUCGCGAUAAAGAAGACACGGAUCCAGAUUACUUCGAGCCGCACAAUUUUUUGGUCAGAGUCCGUCUAGCUGCGUUACCUCUGAUGCGCGAGCUAUGGGAAGCACCUUGGCUAGUAUCAGCUCCCUUAAGCCUGAGCAAGUCCGUGAUACAGAUUAUCCUACAAAUUGUGAGUGGCGAACAUGAAGAGCUUGUUGACCCAGGAGACUUGGCAGGCGCAGUGCCGUCGGGUAUCGUCGGGCGGACCCUAGCGGUGGACGAGAAUCGCAUUCGCCAGAUAAUGGACAUGGGUUUCCCGCGGUCUGCGGCAGAGCGGGCCUUGAUGCGCACGCACAAUAACGUCAAUGCUGCGACGGAAAUGUUACUUGCCCAUCCUUUCCCUUUCCCUCCCGACGCGGAGCCUAACGAAGCGUCAGGUCCUCCAGCUCAGGAGGACGUACCGAUGGAAAUCGGGGAGGCGUCAUCAGGAGAGAGCGCGUCUGCUCCAUCUCCUGUACAUGAGCAUACGUCGGACACAACGGAGACAGGCCCUGUGACCAGUGCUCCCCGGAAGACCACGCAAGAUUGGCGCAGGGAACUUGAUGAGGCCAGGGCUCCAUUGAAAGCUCAAAUGGGACGGCAAGCUUUGCGGCUCGUUGAUGAGCACCCGUCCCUGACGUUUGAAGUUCGUAACGCCUUCAUCGGCACAGCUGAUGGGUACCAGGUCGAGUCUAUACGUCAAAUCAUCGAGGACAUCAAGCGGUUCUCGCCGCAGGCGUAUGAUAUGCAAGAACAGCCACUUUCAGUCAGAUGUCGGCUCCUAGCUCUUGUGUUGAAUGAGUCUCCGGCUACAGUCGUAAAGGCGAUGGAUGACGGCAGGACGCUCAUGGACAUCUUGUUGGCUUUGCUUCUGUCGAAUCAGCCCACGGCUCCCGAAAAUAAUCCACCUAUCCCGAAAUGGCUGGCGUCACACUUGUUGGUGGUGGAAGCGCUGUUGGUCCUAGCUCAAGAGCCUACUACAAUCACGCUACCAAAGGAAGGCGAACAGAUUGACAAGGGGAACCUUAGAAUAGGCCCCGACUAUGCCGAGGCACGGUCAACCCUCUUCAAUUUCUGCAUGCGUCUCCUCGCGCUUCCCAAUUUGCCGCGCGACGAACUCCUAUCCGCCCUGCGGCUACUCGUGCUGCUUACCUGUGACCACCAAAUGGCGGUUCAAUUCGCGAAGCAAGGCGGAGUCUCCCUUGUCUUCCAGCACUUCAGAUCACACUCCUCCGGUGAUCAUACAUCCGGUAUGAAGUCCCACAUCACCCUCCUCCUACGCCAUAUUGUCGAAGACUCCACAGUCCUCCAUAAUAUCAUGCGCCAGGAGAUCAAGCGCUUCUUAUCUCACCCGCGGACACGUAUUGUUGACGUUGGCAGCUAUCUAAAGCAGUGCAGCUCUCUAGCUCUCCGUGACCCUGCAGUAUUUAUCAAGGUCACUGCCUCCAUCUGUCAGCUCUCUCAACCUUAUUCUCCCGUUCGCCAUAUCAGUCUCAAGCCCGCUUCAGAAGAAAAAGGCGUCGCGGAUCGUGAUUCGCAGGCUGAGACUGCUUCAGUGACCAUGGAUCUGGAUCCUGUGCCGAGGGAAGGAGACAAGGACGCUGUAAAUGGACUGGUGGAUCCCAUGGUUCAUUUCCUAAUCACGGAAUUACACCAGGCUGUAAAGCCGUCCAGCGACCAGCGAGGGGACGCUUCGAACGCGCAAGCGUCUACUAGUGAUACAUCCCAGGAUCCCACCGCGUCUCCGGCAGCAGCAGACAUCACGAAAGACCCUGCGGAAUUGAGCCAGCCAGACUCAGGCUAUCCUGCUUUCCUGAUACAGUGCUUGACCGAAUUGCUCUUCUCUUAUGAUACUUGUAAAUCUGCUUUCCUAUCAUAUUCCUUCAAGCGACGCGGGCAGACGCCAAACAAGGAGCACAGCAACAAGCACAAAGCCGCCGCACUGCAUUUCGUGCUGUCCGACCUGAUAUCAUUCGGGACGAUACAACCUCAACCUGAUGCCGACUCGCGGAGACGAAUUAUGCUGUGCAAUUGGGCCAUGUCCAUAAUCGUCGCUCUCUGUGUUGAUACCUUCUCUGGGCAAGACGUUAGAGACAUACCCGCAGAUGUCGUUGCAGCUCGCAAGAUUGUGAUUGAGGCGAUUGGGCGAGCUAUCCGAGAUCUUCCUAGUUCAGAGCCGGUAGACUCCCGGUACGGUCGCCUUUUGGCCCUGGCCGACCUCUGCAACCGUUUGCUCACCGUGAGAUUCAACCUCGGCACUCGUAAGGCGCAAGAUGAGAGCCCUACUCAUAUUGGCAAAAUCAUGUUGGAGAAGAAUUUUGUAGCGACGUUGACCAACGCUCUAGGCGAAGUGGACCUGAAUUAUCCCAACGUCCGCGGCGUCGUGACCGCUUUGCUGCGUCCUCUGGAACAUUUGACCAAGAUUGCUAUCAGGAUGAGUCGAGCCUCGGACAAGAAUAAAGAAGCACUUGAGGAAAAGACCGAGAGUGUGGAUGAUGGAGUCCUUUCCGAGGAGGAUGAAGAUAUGGAUCGACUGGAUAGAGAGGAAACCCCGGAUUUGUACAGGAAUUCUUCUCUUGGCAUGUAUGGCGGGGAAAUGGAGGACGUCCAUUAUUCCGCAGAAGAGGACAUGGACGAAGACGAAGAAGAUGAGGAUGAAGACGUGGAGAUGGACUUUGGCAAUGACGAGACUGGGAGCGAAGAUACUUCUGAGGAUGAGGAAGAGGUGGAUAACGAGGAGCUGGAAAAUGAGAGUGAGGCUUCUGAGGAUGGCUGGGAAGAUGAAGAGGAGGAAGUAGAAGAGGAAGAAGGACUUGUUGAAAAUGAUGAAGCUGUAGACGAUGAUGAUGGUGAAGAGGAUGAUGGCGAGGAGGCAGGUGAGGGACAGAUCAUUUGGCAGGAUGUGCCAGUCGGGGAGGACGUCGCUGACGCGGGUGAAGACGUCGAUGAGGAGGAUGUCCGAGGAAAUGUCCAUUUCAUACAUGAAGAACUGGACGAAGAAGAGGACGCUGUCUCCAUGGGCGAUAAUUAUGACGAGAUAGGUAUUCUUGAGGCGGAUGAGAUGAACCAGCCCAGCGGGGACGACGUGUUCGGCUUCGACCCUGCCAUCGCUAACCUGAUUGCGUCUCCAGGGUGGUUUUUUGGAGCUGAUCGUUCAGGACGUCGUCGCGGUGUAGCCAAUGACGAUAUGAACAUUUUCGGGCGAGUAGGCAAUGUCGGCUCGUCUGUUCCGGAACCCACCACUCAUCCUCUACUGCUCGACAAUUCUACGUCUGGUAACAGGGUGCCCACUCAAGGGAGAGGCAACCGUCGGGGCCACCGGGGAUUGGGCAACGCAUAUGGUGACUUCAUCCAAACUAUUGAAGACGUCAUCGGAGGAGGAGCUAUCCAGUUGAUCCAGCAUGUUUUGGCACCUGGCCGCGGAGCUGGUCCGCAAGAAAUUCGUCUCAACGGUGCCGUUCUCAAUGUGGAAAGGGGCACAUUACAGCGGCAUCCCCGUGGAACGCUCUCCGCCUCGUUGAGGCUUGAAAGAAAUCCGCGGGACAAUCGAUCAAGGACUAGAGAGUUCGAACCCUUUCUGACGUUGCAGCGCUGGGCAGAGCAGGCGAGAAUCUUCCACGGCAAGUUUGUGUCGGAUCGUCUCAACAAGUUAUCCAACCACGUCGUUAUCGCGCUUCUUCCCGCUGCCAUCGAGAACAAAGCGAAGGAGGAGCGAGAACUUGCCCGGCAACGUGAAGAGGCGCAGGCUAAAGCAGAUGAAGCUGCGAAAGAGCGGGAGCGUGCAGCUCAGGCAUCCCAAACACAGAUACAAGGGGCAUCUGACUCUGCUGAUCAAGUUGCGCCGUCGCAGGCAAACUCCCUGAGCAAUGACGAGGCCGGACCUCCGACACAACCUGCAGCCGAUGUUGAUGCUGAAAUGAUGGACGUACCGGAUGCGCCUAGCGAUGCUGCUGCGUCGAAUGGAGAAGCAGAGGAAGAACCACCGAACGAAGGCGAGUCUGCACCCCAAGCAUCAGCCUCUGGAGCCGAAUCGUCCACGAAUGCCGAGCGCGUGACGGUGAUGAUCCAUGGCAGUCCAGUCGAUAUAACAGACACUGGAAUUGAUCCUACCUUCCUCGAGGCUCUUCCGGACGACAUGCGAGAGGAAGUCCUAAAUCAGCACGUCCGUGAACAGCGGACUUCAAGAGUGGAACGACCCUCUGAUUCACAGAUCAGUCCCGAGUUCUUGGACGCCUUGCCCCCAGAUAUACGGGCAGAGAUCAUUCAACAGGAGAAUUUGGAGAGGAACCGGCAAGCACAGGAAGCGGGACGCCCACCAACCGGGCCCUCGGAAAUGGACGCGGCUAGUAUCAUCGCUAGUCUGGAUCCUCACCUUCGACAAGCAGUACUUCUGGAUCAGGAGGAUGGGUUCAUACAGUCUUUGCCGUCGCAUAUGAUCGCCGAAGCCGGCGUAUUCAGAGAGGCUCUGCCUCGUCGACCCCCCGCGCACAACCUCCCUCGAGCUGCUAACCGAUUCGUGCCUGCCCGGAAGCCUCCCACGCCCCGUGACGCAAUCCAGUUGCUAGACAAGGCAGGGAUUGUGAUCCUGGCUCGAUUACUGUUCUUCCCUCACGUCCUCAAGAAAAAUCUUCUGUUCCAAGUACUCGUGAAUCUCUGUGAAAAUGCGAAAACCCGUACGGAGUUGUUUAACCUGCUGUUGAACAUUCUCCAAGAUGGAUCAGGCGAUUUGUCCGCCGUAGAUAAGAGUUUCUCUCAGAUGUCUUUCCGCAACGUGAAGUCGCCAUCUCAGCAGACUCCAAGAAGCUCCGGAAAGCAGAAGGCUACCUCUGAUUACUUUAGCUCACUCCUGCCCCAGCACGAGGCCGUUCCGGACGUCAUUGCUCAACGGUGUCUUGAUGCCCUGACCUUCAUUGUAAACUCAAGUGAUCACUUCCCCCUGUUCUUCUUGACAGAGCAUGAGCUGCCGGUUGGUCUUCGAAGAACGGGAUCCAAGAAAGGGAAGGGGAAAGAAAAACAGGGCGCUCAGACAUACUAUCCUAUAGUCUUACUGCUAGGGCUUCUGGAUCGUCAAUCCCUCCUCAAGGCCCCCACCAUUAUGGAGUCUGUGGUCAGUUUACUCGCUACGAUAACUCGACCUCUUUCCAGCCUGCCCAACGUCGAGAAACGAACUGUAGACUCUAUCGAGGGAUCGACUACUCAGGGGCAACAAGCAAACGUUGCGGAAAAUACUGCUGCAGAAAGCCGCAAUUCAGAUGUCCCAGCAGAGACACCAUCGAAUGCCGCCGCUCUCAAUGAACAGCAGGCAGUCGGUCCUCAAGGCAGCUCAGAUCCUACACCUGAGGAGAAGAUGCUCUUGGCAAAUCCUCCCCAAAUACCUCACGCUGUUCUCCGAUUUGUCGUCAACAUACUAACUGCCGGGGAAUGCUCUGGUCGUACUUUCCAGCAAAGUCUAGCACUAAUUCAGCAUCUCUCAGCUAUUCCCGAUGCACGGGAAGUGAUCGCUCAAGAGCUCAAGUCCAGAGCACAGGAACUGGGUCAAUCUCUAUAUGCGGACCUUGAUGCCCUUGCAGAAGUCCUUACACGCGCGGAAGGGGACGUGCUGGGCAGCCCAGUUGCUUCGAAAUUUGCAUCGGCUUCGUCAGAUCAAGCCAAGUUGCUCCGAGUGCUGAAGACUAUCGAUUACAUGUACUCCCCACGUACCGGGACGGCCAAUGAAGCGGACCAGGAGAAGGUACAAAGUAUAUACGAGUCCUUCCGGUUCACGCCGCUCUGGCGACGUCUCGGCGAUUGCCUGUCCGUCAUUGAAGAACGACCGGAACUUGAACAUAUAGCUACCGUCCUGCUGCCGCUCAUCGAGUCGUUGAUGGUUGUUUGCAAGUAUGUGGGGCCCAAAACUGCUAAUGCAGGGACUGCGAGACUAUUGCGCGGUGCAUCGUCUCCACGUUCUCCGGUCACUGCCCGCGAGUCCAUGGAAGACCUGUUCAUCUCCUUCACAGAUGCUCAUCGGAAAGUCUUGAACCUUAUGGUUCGCAAUAAUCCAUCCUUGAUGAGCGGCUCGUUCUCCCUCCUUGUCAACAAUCCUCGCGUUCUCGAUUUUGAUAACAAGCGCAACUAUUUCAACCAACAACUCCACCGCCGACCUCACUCCCGGGAUGCCCAUACCACUCUACAAUUGAAUGUUCGCCGGUCACGCGUUUUCGAAGACAGUGUCCAGCAUUUGCAACGCAAAACCGGAGAUCAGAUCAAGUACGGCAAACUCAGUGUGCGGUUCUAUGAUGAAGAGGGUGUGGAUGCGGGAGGCGUCACUCGAGAGUGGUUCCAGAUCUUGGCACGACAGAUGUUUGAUCCAAACAAUGCCUUAUUCCAGCCUUGUGCCGCCGACAAGCUGACAUACCAGCCGAACAGCAGGUCCUGGAUCAACCCCGAACACCUGAUCUUCUUCAAGUUCGUGGGUCGUGUUAUCGGGAAAGCGAUCUACGACGGCCGAUUACUGGACGCCUACUUUGCACGAAGCUUGUACAGGCAAAUAUUGGGCAAGCCCGUCGACUACAGAGACGUAGAAUGGGUCGACCCCGAAUACUAUAACUCACUCUGCUGGAUCUUAGAGAAUGAUCCUAGCCCUCUCGAUCUAACAUUCAGCGUCGAGGCAGAUGAAUUCGGUACGACCAAAGUCAUUCCCUUGAAAGAAGGCGGUACCUCCAUUCCAGUAACCCAGGAGAAUAAGAAGGAAUUCGUACAGCUGUCCGCGCAGUAUAGAUUGUACCUGUCUACGAAGGAUCAGAUCGAAGCUCUUCUUGCUGGCUUCUACGAAAUCAUCCCGAAGGAUCUCAUAGCAAUCUUCAAUGAGCAAGAACUGGAGCUCCUCAUCUCCGGGACUCCUGACAUCGACGUCGAUGAGUGGCGGGCAGCAACCGAGUAUCACGGCUACUCUAGCUCUGAUCCUGUCAUCGUCUGGUGGUGGCGAGCGCUCAAGUCAUUCAAUCGUGAUGAACGAGCCAAAGUUCUGAGUUUCGCCACUGGAACCGCUCGUGUGCCUCUCGGCGGCUUCACAGAAUUGCAAGGCGUUCAAGGGACGCAGAGAUUCUCAAUACACAAAGCAUACGGGGAUCCGGACCGUCUGCCGCAGGCUCAUACCUGCUUCAAUCAAAUUGACUUGCCUCAAUACACUUCAUAUGAGAUGCUUCGGCAACAAUUAUUACUAGCCAUUAAUGAGGGUGGGGAAGGCUUCGGUUUCGCAUGAGUAGGGAGGCGUGUGUGCUGUCGGCAGUUAUCGAAUCUUGUAGAAUUACAUCGCAUCUUUGUACAUACUCGCAUCAUCUAUCCUGUAGCUCUGACACCCCGAUAUAAGCUUGGAGUUUCCCCCUCAAGGAUGGCA